UUUGUGUCCUGGCUGAUGGACAUGGGGGAGACAGGAAACCCAGAGGAGGGGGUUCACUUGGGUCAGGCUCUGCUGGAGAACGGCAUCAUCCACCACGUCACAGACAAACACCAGUUCAAACCCGAACCUGUUCUUUAUCGUUUCCGUUACGACGACGGCACGUACCACCCGCGCAGCGACAUGCACGACGUCAUAUCCAAGGGCGUCCGUCUGUUCUGCCGUCUGCACAGCCUCUUCACUCCCGUCAUCAGGUACGAGGACAACUUUCUUUUUGACUACUCAUCUAAAAAAGAGGGAAAUAUGACGGUGAACUAUGAGUUAAUUGAUUAA